UAACCUGCUGACUUCGCUUAUUUCAUUGCUUCCUCCCUUCAUAAAUACUUGGUAAAAUCUGUAAAAGAAAAAUUAUCUGGUACAUGUAUUUUAAAGAGCAAAUGUUAGUUGAUGGCACAUCUAGUGUACUACACUGGUUUAGGUAAACAGAGAUUAACAACUUCAUACUCACAGGAUUGUAUGGAAAAGAAGUCCUACCACAUUGGUGACUGAAAAUAAAGUGGAGGUUAAAUUUUAGGAAAAAACCCAAACCCAGAAACAUAGUUGACUGGAUAGAUUUUUCAACAUGAAUCGUGCUUUUAGCAGAAAGAAAGACAAAACAUGGAUGCAUACUCCUGAAGCCUUAUCAAAGCAUUAUAUUCCCUAUAAUGCAAAGUUUCUUGGCAGUACAGAAGUGGAGCAACCCAAAGGCACAGAAGUUGUAAGAGAUGCUGUUAGAAAAUUAAAGUUUGCAAGACAUAUCAAGAAAUCUGAAGGCCAGAAGACCCCCAAAGUUGAACUACAGAUCUCAAUCUAUGGUGUAAAAAUUCUAGAUCCAAAAACAAAGGAAGUCCAGCACAACUGUCAGCUGCAUAGGAUAUCAUUCUGUGCUGAUGAUAAAACUGACAAGAGAAUAUUUACUUUCAUAUGCAAAGACUCAGAAUCAAAUAAGCAUCUGUGCUAUGUAUUUGACAGUGAAAAGUGUGCAGAAGAGAUAACUUUAACAAUUGGUCAAGCAUUUGACUUAGCUUACAGGAAAUUUCUGGAAUCUGGAGGAAAAGAUGUUGAAACAAGGAAACAAAUUGCAGGUUUACAGAAAAGAAUUCAAGAAUUAGAAACUGAAAACACAGAACUGAAAAAUAAAGUUCAAGAUUUGGAAAACAAGUUAAGAAUAACACAAGUCCAUGCAUCUCCGCUGCUGCACAUAAAGUGUGAUAAUGAUGAACAUAUGUUUCAAAGACCCUCUACUUUUUUCUGGUGUAACAAUGAGGAUUCACCUCCUUGUUUAGAUAUCUCUUCCAUUACGCUUACUCCUAGGAGUUCUCCUGACUCCAGACUACCAUCUGGAUUGUUAAUACCACCACCUUCAAAAAGUGGUUUUCCAAAGCCAACCAGUGAAUACAGCUGCCCGAGACCUCAUGCAGGCAGUGUGACACCUAAAUCACCCUCCACUGACAUCUUUGAUAUGGUUCCCUUUUCUCCCAUGUCCCCUCAGUCAUCAACACCUACUCGCAAUGGUACACAGCCUCCUCCAGUACCCAGUAGAUCUACAGAGAUCAAGAGAGACCUUUUUGGAGCAGAACCUUUUGACCCUUUUAGCUGCGGAGCAGGAGAUUUCCCUCCAGACAUUCAGUCCAAACUAGAUGAGAUGCAGGAGGGGUUCAAAAUGGGAUUAACUCUUGAAGGCACAGUAUUUUGUCUUGACCCACUAGACAGCAGGUGCUGAUGCCAAGAAACUAAAUGUGAAAUUCCUACACGGUAUUUUUUUUUCGUUCUGAACACAUAUUCACAGAUAUUAUCCACGUGCCAAAAACUGCUUUUUUUCAACAUCUAAGCUCCUGUGAGAUUUGCUUCUGUAAAAAUCCCACUUAGUUCCAGUCUUUCCCUGUAUAAAUGUAAAAAGCUGUAUUUGUCUAUGAAGUACAAAUUAAAUUACGUUGUUGUGUUUCUUUCUCUCACACAUCGGCCCAAAUUUACUGCACUUUGUCACCAUUAGCCAGAAGUUCUUCAGAAAACUCCCACAUACCUCUCUCUGUUUGCAGGAUUGCAAGCAUGUUUUUUGCAUAAUACUAUACUUGGCAGCAUUUUUAAGUGAAGUUUUUAAGCCAGUAAUUAAUACUCAAGCAGUAGAGUUAUUAAUACAUAGUACAAAAAAGAUCAAAUUGCAAAAGGCAGAAAAUAUUGACCAUUUAUCUCUGCUUAAAAGGUAAAUCUGGAUGCAUUGUAAUUGAUUUUCCAUUACUGUGUAUGGUUACUCUGCUGUAUAUAUGACAAUAGUUUAUAAAAAACAGAAGAUUUUGUAGGUCCUUUACUCAUGUUUUAGAAACUAACAAAUUAUUGGUAUGCUAAUUAGUGCUUAAUGAGCAUAGAAGAACUGCUAAAUUUCAGAAUGGACAAAGUAACUGCCCUUUGUUUUGAUAUUUUACAGUUCAACUGUAAAUCUGUGAAUUUGGAAUUCAUUACAUGAUAACCAUCACUUAAAAAGAUGAUUAUGGUCUUGCAUUUACUUAGGAAUAUAUGUAAUUUUGUGUAUAAUCAGGCACUCGGCUAAAUUCUGUAAGUUACUUUCAACACCUGAAUGUUUACAGGCAGGCUCUGUUGCGUGUUUUUAAUGUGAUAUGUCUUAUUAUAAUUUUGAAGCUGACUGCAAGAAUUCAGUAGAAGUUAGUAAGUCCUUCAUACCCGCUGAUUGUUCAUGUUACAGAAAUACCUGCACACUCCAAUUUUUGGCUGCCGGUGAGUUUAACGCUGACCUUUUUAUGCAUACUUUUCAUUAAUUUUUAACAUAAGCAAUAAAGUAUAAUCAUAAACUUAUCUCAGAAUAGGAUUAUCAUUAGUGCUUUGAUGUCCAAAUUCCACAUUAGUUCAGUUAAAAAACUUUCAAAUCUGUCAUGUUUUCCUCUUGAAACAUACAGGUGUGGAAAAGACAAAAAAUUCAGAAUUCUAAGAGUACAUUUUCUUUCUUUUUUUCCUAAGAGGUUUUUUGUGAUACUUACAGUCUUGUCCUUAGUGAUUACAGUUUACACCAAAAAAAGUAUUUUUAAGUUCAUCAUCACUUGUAUUUCUCUAUGCCUUGUUCAACAAAGUACUUUUGCAUAUACCUUUGAGGGUCGCUGAAAUGAAGGGGAUUAUUCCUUUGCUGAGUUUGACAUACACUCAGGUACCUUGCUGAAUGGGGCCUUAAUGUCCUACAUUGCAUUAGUCUUCCUCUCUCUUUGUUCAACAUUCAUAUCGAGUAUUAUAUAUAAAUAUAUAUAUUAAAAUAUAUAAAAUCACUAACAAAUAGAAUAGUAUAUGUUUCAUAAAGAAAAAUCUUUAUAAUUUUGUUUGUCAUAUAGUAUUUUGGAAUUUGUAUAAUGAGGAUGUUUAGCAGCCAUAGCAAUGGCCUUUUGUAACAAAUAGAAUUUGUAUUUUUAUUGUACUUUAAAAAGCUUUACAUAAUAAGCAUCUAUUUAGUGGUCAUUUAUUAUCAAUGGUAACACUAAGAUAAUAUUUGCACAUUUUAAAAAACCUUUUUCUUUACUGAUUUUUAUGAUAGUUGAAUGCAGAUGGCAUGGUUAAAUACAUUACCAAUCAAUCCAUACAAAAAUACUAUAAAUCAACGCAACAGUGCAUUUUUAAUGAAAAGGUUAUGUGAUCCAAUUGGAAGCUGUAUUUCUAUGUAAUCUCAAAUGUGUUUAAUUUUGCCUAAAAUAAAUGUUUUUAAAUAAAUCACA